AUGACAGGCCGGCAGAAGCUUUUGUCCCUCUGGAUUUGGCUGUUACUUAUGGUCGCUCUGUGCCCAGGUGCACAGUACACAUACGGUAAACGUGGAGGUUUCUUCAGGGGUGGAAAAAAAGGUGACAGUAAACAAGGUAAAGAAGGUAAAGAAGCACCUCCCUCUCAGAGUCGUGGCUUCUCCAAGCAUGGCCUGAAGUGGGCAGGAGCAGCAGCAGCUGGCGUGCUGGGAGGCUCGGGCACCGGGUACGGGCUGGGGUUGCUUGGUAGGCCAAAGCACGGAUCUAAGAACCAUCAUGGCCACAAGACUACCUCCUCUGAGGAAGAUCAACGGCUUUACUACCAGGAAAACCAACGAUAUCACAACCAGUCUCGCUGGAGAGCCUUUGUUAAAGCGGCUGCACCUGCUCCCACGAGUAACAUCUUUCUCACACUUGGACAUGUGGUGCCUUUCCUCAUAGCAGCCUGGAUAAGAGCGAUUUAAUCUGACCACUCAUCACUGGGAAAUCUAUCAAUUACAGAUGCUGUCAGCGAAAAUGCAA